AUGCCACCCUCAACCCCCUCCGUCAACAUUAAUGUGUUGAAGCAAGCGUUCAACCACUUGAAUGCACGAAACAUCAACGGAUGCCUCAGCCUAAUGAGGCCGGAUUUCAUUAUCAAUAUCGCCGAUAUGCCUUACCAAAAGCGUGGGCAUAAAGCCUGGAGAAAUCAUGCUCAGAUACUCUUCGCCGCCAUUCCCGACGUCAAAGUCCACGUCGAGGACAUCAUCGCUGCAGAAGACAAAGUUGCGGUGCGGGUGCGAAUCAAAGGCACGCAUCAAGGCGAAUUUCUCGGAAACCCUCCCACAGGCAAGACAAUAGAAUACAUCAGUCAUGAAAUCUAUCGGUUUGAAAACGGCGAACUGGCUGAAGAGUGGAUUUGUUCCGACACCAUGACUUUAUUGAGGCAGGUUGGCGCCCUGUCCACAAAUCGUCUUGUAUCUAUGUGGUUAUCAGGGUAUCGAUUCUGGUUUGGGUUGGCUUCUGGAGUUGCUCUUGCUGGAGCUGUAAUUUCUGGGGUUUACCGUGCAUGA